AAGAAGGACGCCACCCUACAUACACUGCCAUACGCGCGGGAAAAUCUCAACCCAAGCCGGAGCGUUAUAAAUUUGCGAUCGCCUGCCGACACCACAGACUGCUCGCUUCAUCGUCUUUCCACCUCUUUGACUAAGAAGGGUUUUAUCAACGAUUUCUCAUUUUCUCGAGAAGAAGUUUCCAUGCAUCUGACCCCAUCGUCUGUUAACAACUUCAAAUGAGAGCGAAAUUUUCGGGGACGCCCUACUACUUUGCUGAAUGCCAUCAAAGUUUUUCUGCGAACUUCAAAUUCUUUUAACUUUUUGCGACUUCCUCGCUGGAUUUUUAGCAAAUCUUGAUAUAAACACAAGUACAGGAUUAAUUUUCUAAACAACACAAUGGGUCGGACUUUACCGAACCCCGUCCCGUGCAAGGUGUGCGGCGAUAAAAGCUACGGCAAACACUACGGCGUCUACUGCUGCGACGGCUGUAGCUGCUUCUUCAAGCGGAGCAUCAGGCGGAACAUGCGUUACACCUGCAUUGGCAAGGGCAACUGUCUGGUGGACAAGGCGCGGAGGAACUGGUGCCCGUACUGUCGGCUCAAGAAGUGCUUCGCGGUCAACAUGAAUAAAUCAGCCGUCCAAGAAGAGAGGGGGCCACGUAAGAAGAAACCACAGCAACAGGUGAAACCGGGUCACUGCUCGGCAAGCGGACGCCCCUCCGAUCUCCGCCGGGCUGGAGGUGGCGGCUCUAAAACCUCCUUCCGCCCAUUCCAACCGUGGAACACAAACCAACACAAACACGCCCAUUUCGCUGCCGCCGACCUCGACUCCCUGCCUCCCAGUGGGAGCGCUUUUCGGGUCGUGCCUGUGCGAAAUGGGCACGGUGGGCGUGUCCCCAUGCUGGCGAGCCACGCCCACUUCCCGGGAUUACAUCUCUCGCUGCACCUCCCACCCGUGGCGGCCGCUGCGGCGGCAGCAGCAGCAGCAGCAAGGGCGGAGGGUGGUGCUGGCAUUGAGCGGCACCUCGCCGUGUUCUCUCCCCAGAGCGCUGCAGCAGCCCACCUGACUCAAGCCGCAGCCAUGAGAUCAGAUGAUAACACAGGAGCUAGUACAAGUCCGGUCAGCACUGGAUCCGAGCGGGGCUCGACGUCCUCGGCCGCCGCUGCUACCCCGGCCCAACUUGUCCCGUGGCUGCCUCGUUCUCCCAUGCUGGCAGCCAACUUCCCCCUCGCUAUGUGUUCCUCUCCCCGACUCUCCGGCGCAUCAGCCAUCGAAGAGACCGCUACCCAGAUCAUCAUCCACGCAAUAAGGACAUCGAAAUCUGUUCAACCGUUCAGGGCGUUAGACCCGUGGGACCAAACAAGCCUAUUACAGGAAUGUUGGGCGGAGCUUUUCCUGCUACACGCCGCCUACUGGCCCCCUGCUGACUUUUGCGCUCUUCUAAGCCACUCCCACUUAAGGAUGGACGAUGCUAAAACGGAGACGGACUCAAAGGGCACGACACGUCGAAAGAGCGAAGUGGUUGAUGACAUCCAAGAGAUCACCGUUCGAUUACGAACCCUUAACCUCAGCACCCAUGAGUUCGCUUUCCUGGAGGCCAUCGUCCUUUUUAAACCAGAUACAAAAGGCACACUCCGGGAGAAGAGCAAGGUGGAGUUCUUCCGCGAUCAAUCACAGGUGGUUCUCGCGCAGUACGAGAACAUCGUGCAUCCCGAGAGUCCCGCGAGAUUCGGCAAGCUUCUCCUGACCAUGCCCGCCCUGAAGCGCGUGGGCACGGAAAAUCUGGAAGAACUGUUUUUCCGGAGGACUUUGGGCAAAGUGCAAGUAGAGAAGAUUCUCGAGAGGAUGUGAACAUUUUGAUAUGUCUAGAAAAAGAAGAAAGCGAUGGUAUGGAGAUGAUUUCAUGGCAAUUAUAGCUUUCCAAGGAUGUGCAGUUUGUACUGAAUAUAAAGCGGUUAUUCCCGAUCUCUGGAUAGACGGACAAUAGGCCAUCAACUACCUGCAAUUUGCAAUACAAUACCGUUUAAUGGAAAGAACGAUUUCAGUGAGUUUUCUGUUUAUGGUAACUCCCGUAGGAACUCGGCAUCAGGACAUCAUUUUGCUGCUAAACUGAUAGAUGGCCAGUCUGAAGAAGUGUUUAAGGGGACGAUAUGAACCUAUAAUAUUCUACAUCGACAUGAUCAAGUUGAAAUCAGGUGACGAGCUGUACGGACUACCGCCACCAGAGAGCGUCCUGAUGUUACUGUUAACCCGUUGGCAACCGAGUCCUGUAAUAUCCAUAGGCUUAAUUUGUAGAGGCAAUGUGUUGAUAGAA